AUGGCGCCUAUUCCGAAUCCCAUAAUUGUGCGCCUCUUCGCAGCCUUUUUGACAGUGGCCAUUAUUUCGCUAUGCGCUCUGCUGGCGCUACUGUACCGGUUCGUGUGGUUCUCCGGGAGCGAACUGGCUCCCCUGGCAGACAGCCUGGGAGGCGUCGUGAAGAGGGUCGACCACUGCGAGAGCUUCCCCGGCGGCAGCGCCGUCGGCAACGUGACCGAGUACCUCGGCAUCCCGUUCGACCACGUCGGGAAGUCGGAGCGCUUCGCGGAGGCCGCCUUCGUCGAGUACCGACCGGGCAUGGCGCUACGCCCUGGAGGCAUGCCUUCGUGUCCGCAAUACCCGUGGAGACCCCUGCCCAGACUGCCGACAGUCACCACGACCGACUCGGACGACUGCCUCUACCUCAACAUCUGGAGACCCGGACGCAAGGGCCGCUUCCAGUUUGGCGGCGGGGGUACGUACGCCUUCUACGGGGGCCGUCAAGCAGCUGCACUAUGGGACGCCGUCGUGGUCGUGCCCGCGUACAGGGUGGGCGCCUUCGGUUUCCUCAACAUGCUCGUGCACGAGGCGCCCGGCAACGUCGGCCUGCUCGACCAGGCGCUUGCCAUCCGAUGGGUGCACAGGUACAUCCAACAUUUCGGUGGCGACAACCAACGCAUCACAUUGCUGGGCCAGGACGCUGGCGCCACAUCCAUCGGCUACCACCUGGCACGCAACGACACGCCGCCUAUACAACGCGCCAUACUAAUGAGCGGCUCGCCUUUCGUGCCGCAGCCCGACAAUACGGGUCAGCGUGCCCUGCUGAACGGCAACGCACUGGCCGACGUGCUCGGCUGCGGCAGCAGGCGAAGCUUGCAGGACGCCUCGGAGCGACGACGGGUCGUGGAGUGCCUCAGGAAGCGCAGCGCAUACGCCACGGUGUUGGCCGCCGACGAGUUGGCCACCAGCAGCGACACUGUCGUGUUUGGUCCCAGCAAGAACCGCGACUUUCCGUGGAAGUUAGCGAGCGCCGUCCUCUCCGAGACGAUGCUCAAGCGCGUCGACUUCCUAGUGGGCGUCUCCAAGGACGAAGGCACGUCGCACGUAUCCGAAUUGAUGCAGGCGUUCGGCUUAUCUGCCGACCAAACCCUGACACCAAGAAGGUAA